AUGAAGCUGAAGGAAUCAAAAUCGUCACAUCAACUUUUUGAAUGUUGUAUUUGUGGUUCACAAGAAGCCUCAAGACUAUUUUCACAGUGCCUGCACACUGUCUGUAAUGAUUGUGUUGAUAAAGUAGCAGUUUCUGAUAAAUAUAUUUGUAAUAGAUGCAACAAAGCCAGCAGCAAGCUGAUUACAAAUGGGGCUCUAUGCAAAAUGAAUUCUCAGAACAAAACCCCCAAUUGUGUGUGGUGCUCCGAAGGUGGAGAAUCUAAUAUCUCACAGGGUCAUUGCGAACAAUGCAAUCAGUGGCUUUGCACCGAAUGCAUCAAGGGUCAUAAUAGAAUGCCACCGUUUAGGUCGCACACCAUAAACAUAGUUGGGGACUGUGGAGACAAAGGUUUGAAGUGUGAGAUCCACCCACGGGAAUCACUGGAGUUGUUUUGCGAGACCUGUGGUGUGUUGACCUGUCGUGACUGCCAGUUGUCGGUGCACCGUGACCACGGUGGGCACCGGUGGGUAAAGGAAAAGGCUGAGCUGCUUCGUCCUGGUCUACUGGCUGCAAUGCGCUCUCUUGAGGCGCAGAUGGAACACUUGAAGUCCCUCUUGGGUACAGCUAAGCGGGCUCCUACCGCCCUCCUUGCCAGUGUUGAUACUGCGAAGGCCUCUCUUCGCCGUUCUCUUGAUGUUCUUCUCCAUGCCAUAAACCAAAACAAGGAGAGUCUUGAUGUCGAACUUGACAAGAUCGCUCAGACGCAUAUCGAUAGACUGGCCAAAGCUCAUGACGUUAUGCGUAGCUUGCUGGAGCGCAUUGACUAUACAUUGCGUUUGUCGCACUGCCUCGUUGACAACGAGGAGAAGGAUCCGGCAAGUCUGGUGCAACUGGCAGUCUGUCUGGAAGAACGGUUAGAGGGUUUGGCAAAGCAAGUUAGUAUCGUGUCAGCAGACAGCAGCGUGGAGACGUCGGCAGCAGCCGAGGAGAAUGGGGACGAGGUGCGGACGGUGAGUGGUUGGCGCAAAUCUGCCACCUCCCGUGCUGUUUUCCUCCCUAAUCGACCAUCUGAUGAACUUGCUCAGCUCGUAUCGUCUAUCUGCUGGACUUCUGGUCAAGAUGCUGAUGACUGGAUUUCAAAAGGACCUCCUGAGUAUCAGAAAAGUGUGGACACGAUUGAUCCAAGCACUGGCCGUGAUGGUGGUAGUGGUGGCAUGGACGCCAGUGGAGGGCCAGUCGACGCUGCACUCCUCAGCAGCGGCUGUACGGUCUGUCACUCUUCUGGUCUUUUGGCGCUAUGUGCGAGCUGCCAUCGCGCCUUUCACCCACAGUGCCACCUGCCACGCCUCGAUUCAGUCUCUCUGCAUAGCCGAUGCUGGACCUGCUCCCUCUGCUCAGCCACCACUAUUAAUACCAUCAAAUCGUCCUCCUCUCCGCUCCGUCGAAUUCGCGAUGCCUGUGCCUGGACGCCAUCCACCACCAACGCGCAGCCUUCCACUUGGACCCACGAACAGUUUGAAUCCGGGUGUCGUAUUUUGCUGAGUCUUCUGUGUCAUCCGGAGGCGUUUUGCUUCACUGCCUCUGUCAACUGUCCCAUGUGCUCCUCGAGCCUAUUAGCCGAAGAUGUCUUGGUGGAGGGCAUUAGCAAUGUGGAGGGCCAGUGCGGCGUCUUUCACGGCCUCGCGCGUCUUCGCCGGUGCCUCGAGGCCUCGGAAACGCUCGCGGAAAGCCCCAUUGAGGUCUGGAUUCGCGAUAUUGACGCCUUCACUGCAGACAUCUGCGCCUGGUCUAAGAAAUUCGGGGUUCCAGCUGUCACUGAAACUCUUGACAAGGCUGCUUGCAGUCUCAGGGACGCCUUGGACUCUUGCGUUGAAUCCUAUUACCCUGCAUUUUUUGAAACUGUGGCAUUUCAAAAUACACUCCAUCUCUACGUGGGUCUGAUUGGCUCCUUUAAACACAAUGGAAUUACUCCUUUGCUCCAGUGCUUGCUCUAUCAGGUUAUCUGGUGCGGUCUUCAUACUACGGCAGAAGCACAAUCAUCGGGGAUACAUGUCGCUGGAAAGGCGAUAGUUAAUGAGACAGUGUGUGGCUCAUUAACCAGACACAAUCUACGUCGUUUUGUCUUUGCUAAAGCCAAAAGCAGAAGAAUGGGAAUUACCUUCAAGUUUCCUUCGCCUCUUGACGUGGGUCACAGCAUAGUUGUCAUUGGAGAAGUUGGGAGGACAAGGUUUGUAUUGAAGUUGGUAUCAGACUUCCAAGUUUUCGACCCCGAUCUUUCGCUGUGUUCGCCGCCAUCCCCCGUGACGUCAGAGACCCCGGUGCAGAUACCUGUAAGCGAGACAACGCCCCUAGAGGUAACACUAGACACUGGCGGCGAGUGGGAAGUUUGUGGCUUCACCCCCGAGACAAGCUCUAACGCCACAGGCUUCAACGCCGCCAGAAACGGUUUUUGCACUGGCGAACUCUUCACCUGCAAAAUCUACGUCAAAAAGGACUUUUUUGAGGUAGACCAUAUUGAACUGCCAUGCAGAAUUCUUAUUUACGUCCAAUAA